GAACUGAUAAUUGCUUUGGCCGACCCGACACCAAACACCCGCCAGGCCUCUCAGCUCUCACAGUCGCAAAACAAGCUAACGCAUCAAUGGCUCUCGCGGCGACGCCGAGCUCCGGCGACCAGGGCAGAGGCGCACUGCAUCUCGUCUUCAUCCCGAGCGCCGGUAUGGGCCACCUGCUCCCCUUCUCCCGCUUCAUCGGCUCCCUCGCGAGCCAAGGCAACGUCGACAUCUCCGUCGUGACCGCGCUGCCGACGGUCUCGGAGGCCGAGUCGGAGCACUUCGCCGCCCUCUUCGCCGCCUUCCCCGCCAUCCGGCGCAUCGACUUCAACCUCCUGCCGCUCGACGACGCCACCCUCGCCGGCACGGACCCCUUCGUCCUGAGGUGGGAGUCCCUGCGCCGCUCCGCCCACCUCCUCGGCCCGCUCAUCGCCGGCGCCACGCCACGCGCGUCGGCCCUCGUCACCGACGUCACUCUGGCUUCCCAGGUCAUCCCCAUAGCCAAGAAGGAGCUGCACCUCCCGUGCCACAUCCUCUUCAUCUCCUGCGCGACCAUGCUGUCCUUCCUCGCCUACUUCCCCACCUACCUCGACGGCGCCAACGCAGACCACCUCGCCGGCGACGUCGACAUCCCCGGCAUUGGACGCAUCCCGGUCGAUUACCCCCCGAACGUGCUGCGCAACCCCGACAGCCUCUUCACCAAGCAGUUCAUCGCCAACGGCCGCGAGAUCGCCGAAGUAGACGGCAUUCUCGUCAACACGUUCGACGCCCUGGAGCCAGAGGCACUCGCCGCCCUGCGGGACGGCAAGGUCGUCCCCGGGUUCCCUCCGGUCUACGCGGUCGGCCCGCUCAAGUCGUCGGCCACGGACAAGGAGGCGGCACACGGCGGCGCCUCUUCACCCAUUGCCUGGCUCGGAGAGCAGCCGGCGCGGUCGGUGGUGUACGUGGCCUUCGGCAACCGCAACGCGGCGGCGCUGGACCAGAUCCGCGAGAUCGGGGCCGGGCUGGAGGCGAGCGGCAGCCGGUUUCUGUGGGUGGUGAAGACGACGGUGGUGGACCGCGACGACACGGCGGAGCUCAAGGACGUGCUGGGCGACGGGUACCUGGAGCGCGUGCAGGGGCGCGGGCUGGUGACCAAGGAGUGGGUGGACCAGGAGGCGGUCCUGCGGCACCCGGCCGUGGGGCUGUACCUGAGCCACUGCGGGUGGAACUCGGUGACGGAGUCGGCGGCGUACGGCGUGCCGAUGCUGGCGUGGCCGACGCUGGGCGACCAGCGGCUGAUCGCCAAGGUGAUAAAGAGCGGCGGGUUCGGGCUGUGGGUGGAGCACUGGAGCUGGGACGGCGGGGAGGGCUCGCUGGUCCGCGGCGCGGAGAUUGCGGAGAAGGUGAAGGAGGUGAUGGGCGACGAGGCGGUCUCGGCGAGGGCCAGGGAGAUCAGCCUGGAGGCGACCAAGGCCGUCGCCGAGGGCGGCUCCAGCCACCGGAGCAUGCAGGAGUUCCUUGCCACGCUCAGCUGACUGCUCUGCUCUGUUACCGGCCGGGAGCUGCUGGUUACUGAACCUCCUGCCCUGUCGCAUUUUGUAUCGUCCUUUCGAGUGGAUCGAUCACGAUGCAUGCCAUAAUCGUUGAUCGAUCGAGAAUAAAUAGGAGAACCAGGAGGAAAAUGAGUGCACAAGUGGCACACUGCUGCCUCAUGGUUCCCUUGUUUUUUUCCGAACGAAAACCUUUCAUGGUC